UUUUACGUCAGAUUCUAUAGCUCUUUCCGCUAAUUUUCUGAAUAUGGGGGUUUCUGCAUCCCAGCCUUUUGAAACACUGAAGGUCGCUGACCCGGCCCCAGACUCUGCAAAGCCCGCGACGGUUACUGCACCCGGAGCGCCGACAGCUCCAGAAGAAAAACCCCUAUUUAAUAACUGCUGGAGCUGCCGCGUGCUCUCUGGGUCCGGGAUGACGGGGGCGGGCUUUUACGUGUACUGGGUGGCGAGGAAGCCCAUGAAGAUGGGAUACGCUCCAAGUCCAGGAAACGUUAUACAGAUGGCCUUCGGCAUCAGCAUUGCUUGUUGGGGUAUAGUGAUCCUGGCAGACCCCAAAGGAAAGGCCUACCGAGUUGUUUGAAAAUAUCAUCAAUGGAUUUGUCAUCUUCUAUCCCUAUUUCCUGAAACGCAGAGCAAGCCUGGGAUUUAAGGAUGUUUUGGAUAGAUACAUGAACGUUGACAGACUUCAGUUCUGCAGUUACUACAAGGCUGAAAACACAAAUAUGGACUGUCAUUCUUUAACCAAAGGAGUGUAUAGCCUUCUUCUCAGGUCCCAUGGAGGGCCAAUAAAUCUCUAAGAGAACA